AUGGCCCUUAUCCCAAUAGUUUUCCGUGAUUGGUGGGGUGACUACAUGGGCGAACAACUGCGACCAUUCCAGUUGUUGGACAAAUACACUGACUUAUUUCCCGAAGAUAUUCUGCGAAUAAUCGAUAAUGGCCCAAAGCAAGGCAGCAAACGAAAACGAUCCCGGCCUUGUUCCUGCCAUGGUGAUGAAAAUACCGAUCGAAUAGUAUCCAAAAAAGCAUCCGAUGCAUUUCAAAUCACCGUAGACGUUCAACAAUUUAAACCGGAAGAAAUCUCAGUGAAGAUCACCGAUAGUGGAUGCUGCAUCACCGUAGAUGGAAAGCACGAAGAAGGAGAAGAAGAAAAUGAAAGCAGUUACGUUUUCAGGCGUUUCGUACGACACUAUCAGCUGCCAGACGGAAUCGACGAACGAAAGUUGCAGACAUCCUUCUCGUCGGAUGGUGUUUUAACCAUCAGCGCUACGAAUUCUACAUUACCUACACCGAAAAUGGAACAGUCGAUACCGAUAACUAGGGCGAUGGGAUCGACUGCAAAUGAGUCGUAA